AUGAGGAGGGGGAACCAGAGUAGUGUGUCCAAGUUCCUCCUCCUGGGGCUCCCCAUCCAGCCAGAGGAGCAAGGCAUGUUCUAUGCCCUGUUCCUGGCCAUGUACCUGACCACGGUGCUGGGGAACCUGCUCAUCAUCCUGCUCAUCAGGCUGGACUCUCGCCUCCACACCCCCAUGUACUUCUUCCUCAGCCACUUGGCCCUCACUGACAUCUGCUUCUCCUCAGUCACAGCUCCAAAGAUGCUCAUGAACAUGCUGAUGCAGACUCAGUCCAUCUCAUAUGCUGGGUGCAUUUCCCAGGAAUUUUUUUUUGUAUUGUUUGCAGAUCUCGACAGCUUCCUUCUGACCUCAAUGGCCUAUGACAGGUAUGUGGCCAUCUGUCACCCACUGCAUUAUCCCAGAAUCAUGAGUCAGAACCUCUGCUUUCUGUUAGUAAUUGUGUCUUGGGUUUUAUCCUCUGCCAAUGCCCUUGUGCAAACUCUCCUCCUAGCCCGCCUCAUGAGGAGGGAGAACCAGAGCAGUGUGUCUGAGUUCCUCCUCCUGGGGCUCCCCAUCCAGCCAGAGGAGCAAGGCAUGUACUACACCCUGUUCCUGGCCAUGUACCUGACCACAGUGCUGGGGAACCUGCUCAUCAUCCUGCUCAUUAGGCUGGACUCUCGCCUCCACACCCCCAUGUACUUCUUCCUCAGCCACUUGGCCCUCACUGACAUCUGCUUCUCCUCAGUCACAGCUCCAAAGAUGCUCAUGGACAUGCUGACGCAGACUCAGUCCAUCUCAUAUGCUGGGUGCAUUUGUCAGGAAUUCUUUUUUGUAUUGUUUGAAGAUCUCGAUAGCUUUCUUCUGACCUCAAUGGCCUAUGACAGGUAUGUGGUUAUCUGUCACCCUCUUCACUAA